AUGGUGGAACUCAGAUCCGGAUCAGCUGCAAGCUCCGAGAACACCAACGUGGAAUCUGUCCCUGGUGUUAACUCUCCUUCCAGCGGCAUCACUACACCACCUACUGAUCCCAGCAGCACUGAAAGCACUCCUUCAGGUGUUACACCACCAAUAACCAGGGCCAGAGCCGUUGUCACCUCUAAUGUUUCUGCACAACCUGCUAAUCCUGGCAGCACCGAAAGUGCUCCUUCGGGCGCUACACCUCCAGUUACCAGGGCCAGAGCUGCCGCUACCACCCCUAAUGCUUCGUCAAGCAUGACGCCUCCAACCACCACUUAA